AGCCGAGUAGUGCCGGGCCGACCCGAACGGAGCCGAGUAGUGCCGGGCCGACCCGAACGGAGCCUGCCGAGCCGGGCCGAACCGACCCGAACAUCCCCGAGCGGUGCCGAGCGGAGCCGAAUGCAGCGGGCGGCGGCGCGGGCGCUGCGCGGGGCGCGCGUCCCCUCAGCGCGGCCGCGCUCGGCCCCGGCUCGGGGUGCCCCUCGGGGGCUGGUGUACGGGCAGCACGGGGAGCCCCCCGCCGUCCUGCGACUAAAGGACCUGGAGCUGGCCAAGCUGGGGGACUCAGAUGUCCAUGUCAAGAUGCUGGCAGCUCCCAUCAAUCCCGCCGACAUCAACAUGAUCCAAGGGACCUACGCGCUCCUGUCUCCGCUGCCGGCGGUGGGAGGGAACGAAGGAGUUGGGGAAGUGCUGGAGGUCGGGAGGCAUGUGAAGGCUCUGGAACCUGGGGACUGGGUCAUCCCAGCCAGCACCAGCCUUGGCACGUGGCGGACGCAGGGAGUGUUCCCCGAGGAGGCGCUGCUGAAGGUGCCCAGGGACAUCCCGGUGCUUUGUGCUGCCACCCUGAGUGUCAACCCCUGCACAGCCUACCGGAUGCUGGCCGACUUUGAGACCCUGGCACCAGGUGACUCCGUCAUCCAGAACGCAGCCAACAGCGGCGUGGGCCAGGCUGUGAUCCAGAUUGCCAAAGCUUCUGGCAUCAAGACCAUCAAUGUGGUGAGGGAUAGACCCGAUCUCCCAAAGCUGGUGGAGAGGCUGAUGGCCCUGGGUGCAGACCAUGUCAUCACGGAGGAGAUGCUGAGAAAGCCAGAGAUGAAAGAUAUAUUUAAGAACAUCCCGAAGCCCCGGCUCGCCCUGAACUGCGUCGGAGGCAAAAGCGCGACGGAGAUGCUGCGGCACCUGCAGCCCAAAGGGACUAUGGUCACCUAUGGGGGGAUGGCAAAGCAGCCUGUGAUGGUGCCUGUGAGCGCCUUCAUCUUCCGGGACGUGCAGCUCCGCGGCUUCUGGAUGACCCAGUGGAGGAAGGAGCAUGCUCAGGACCCACAGGUCCUGGCCAGCAUGAUGGAUGCCCUGUUCCAGCUCAUCCGCAGAGGACAGCUCAGCGCCCCAGCCUGCACUCAGGUCCCUCUCCAGGACUACAGGGCAGCACUAGAAGCUGCCAUGAAACCCUUCACGUCCUCCAAGCAGAUCCUCCUCUUCUAACCAGCAGCUCAUGGGUGAGCCCAGAGCCCAGAGCUGCUCCACCCCGGCCAAGCUUUCCCUUGCUGCCUUGUCUGCAGACAAGAGAUGCUGGAGGGGGGGAAAUCCUCCCGAUCCGUUGACAUUUUAUGGUUUGUUUUUUAACUUUUGGGUGCCCACUGCAAGUUUUCAAAGCCCCUGUAGCUUUGCUGGACACCAACGUGUGUAAUUGCUUCUGGAAGGAGGCUGCAGCCUCACUUUAGCUGGGGUGAGUCUGGGGCCAAGGGGAAGCUCAGGGAGCCUGGGGGUGGUGGCCAGCUUAGCUCAGGGUAUCCAGAGAGCAGCAGUUCCCCCUCACAUGUGUUUUCAGGGCUGGGGGGGCUGCACCACCAGCUCCUGCCCAGCUGUCAGUCUUGUCCUGCUGUUUGCUGUCCCUGCAGGUGAUUCGUGGCUGCUUUGGGGUGACUUUGCAGGGCAGCAGGGGUCUGGUCACUGCCCUUCUCCCAGCCAGCACAAACCCCCUGCGCUGCUGCAGCCUCUGAGCCACCUCCCUGUCCCCCCUCCACGAUCAGCAGCCCAGUCCCCCAAGGCUGGGGACAGUCCCCAUAUUGCAUUGCAGAGAAAACAACAAUCCUUACACUUGAUUUUCUCAAAUUUGUUUUUAAUUUUCCCCUGGCCAGCCCAUCUAAUGCUGGCAGGACAGAGGCAGGGGGACACCCACGCACGCUGGGGGGACAAGGACACAAAAGACUUUUCCAGCCCUUGGCAUCACUUCUCAAAAAUGAGCCCAAACAGCCAAAAAUAAAAAACAGAGAAGUACCAAGGUUCCAAGUGCCAGGCAGCUCUGCUACAGCAGUGAGAGCUGUGAGACACACUGUCCCCUCAGGGACAGCCCUGGGGUGGUGGCAUUUGAGGUGGGGACAGGACUCACCCAGCAGGUCACAGCUGUGGAGGGAGGGGGGGAGAUUUUUGCAAUAUAUGAAUUGAAUUGAAUACUUGAAUUCAGUUUUGCUGCUCUUGCUGCUGCCACUACUGAUUGUGACGAGAACCUCUUGGAAAUCAAUGUCUAAUAUAUGUAUAUUUUUUUAAGAAGAUGCCAAUAAAUGUUUCUGUGCUCAGUUGGA